AUGGUCGCCCAGUUUGCUGCCGAGCCAGGAUACUGGUCCGCGUUCGUUGAUAUUAGCGAGCGUGUGGAGGGACUGCCGGAGGCAUUGGACGAUGACGCUCGUUCUUCUUCGUCUGAAUCCUCCUCGGACGAAGAAGGCCUAGGGGAAGACAGUCCGCAGGUUGGGCAAACUUUCCCAGACAAGGACUCGGCUGACCAAGCAAUCAAGAGGUAUGCGUUGGCCAUAUCUCGGCAACACAGAGUGAAGCAGUCUGAUCGAAGGCAGCUGAAAGUCAUAUGCGUCAAAUUGAAUGAGGAGGGUUGCAGGGGGAGAGUUAUCGCUCGGGUGAGCCCUAGGGUAUGUCAGCCAUGGCAUAUCUCAAAAAUAGAACCCCAUAGCUACGAGCAAUUGGGGUCUCUCGACAAGCACCGCAACGUCACUGCAAAAUAUGUAUCACAUAUCAUGCAAGUGGCGGUGGAAGAAGAUAUAACCCUUGGUACAAAGAAGCUGCAAAAAACCGCGGAAGAUCUGAUUGGCUUCCCGGUCAGCUUUAGUAAGGCAAGGCGGGCGAAGGAGGAGAUUUUCCAGAGAUUGUAUGGCACCUAUGAGGAGGCAUAUGAUCUUGCCCCGAGACUACUCCACCAGAUAGCAGCAACUAACCAGGGGACUCAAGUGGUCAGGAGAGUUCGUCAACACCCUCUGGAGGAAAACCAAGAAAUCCUUGAUCGUUUAUUCUGGGCAUUCCCCCAGACUAUACGUGCAUUCCAUCACUGCCGCCCUGUGCUGUCAAUAGAUGGUACCUUUCUCACAGGAAAGUACAAGGGCACACUCUUGGUGGCGAUCGCAGCUGACGCAAAUAAUCAGCUCUUGCCUAUUGCCUAUGCACUUGUCGAGAGUGAAAACAAAGAUAGCUGGUUAUGGUUCCUCAGCUGCUUGAAGAUGGGAGUCGUGAUAGAUCGGCCCGAUGUUUGCAUCAUAUCAGAUCGCAACACAGGCCUUUUGAGCGCUCUCGAAAUUAUCAAGAAUUCAUCGGACCCUCUCUGGGGGUGGCCCGACCUGGAGACAAGGUGGUGCAUGAGGCACCUGGCUGCCAAUUUUUACUCAAAGUUCAAGAACAAGGACUGGUUCAAGCUAUUUAAGAGGAUGUGCAUGCAGAAGACUGAGGCGAAGAUGAAUGCUAUUUGGGCUGGAAUCAACAAAGAAAUCGAGAGUGCUGCCUUGCCGCCGAGAGAAGAUCGGAGGGGCCGGAGGACUGAAAUAAAUUUGAGUACAUGGAUUAAUCAGAACUGCCCUGAUUUAAGUAAGUGGGCGCAAGCUCACGACUCAGGGGCUCGGUACGGCAUAAUGACCAGCAACAUGUCGGAGGUUUACAAUGGCGUGCUGAAAGGUGUGCGAGCCCUCCCUAUCACAGCCUUGAUUACUGAAACUUGGAACCGGACUCUGUCAUACUUUGCAGACAGAGUGCAGGUCGCAAACACAAGUUGCAACAAGCCCAAGCUUUUAGGAUACCCAUGUAGUCAUGUCCUUAGGGCGGCUGCAGCACAGAACAUCAGCGUGGAGAACUACAUAUCUCCCUACUUCAACAUCCAGAACCUACUCGGAACUUGGAACGGUUAUGAUGUCGGAUUUGCCAGACCUGUUGCGAAGAUCCUGCGAUGCCGGACACCGUUGCCACCUCUGGUUGAACCCGAAUGCGCACUCAAACCAACCUCCGGUCUUCAGGGUACGAACCAUUAA